AUGAGGUUCUCCUUCAAUCUGCCCCUGUUGCUUUCGGCUGCGUUCGUGGUAGUGCCUUCCAUGGCUCUGCCGAACAUCGGGGCUCUGCUGGCUCCUGGUCCCAACGGUGGUCCCUCCUUCUUGGAGAAGCGUCUGCUGGCCGCCAACCCGGCCGAUAUCACUAACCUCAUCACCGACAUCAAGAACAAGGUCGCUGAGCUCUCGGCCAACGUACCUAUCGUCGAGGAUUUGCUCGCCACCAAGAUCAGCGACAUCACGCCUGAGCACAUUUAUGAAUCGUUCGGCAUUCGCCGCGAUGGCGGCAUCCUGCCUCCUGCUGAAAAUGAGGCCCAUCCUUACCAGCCUCCCCCCAAGGGUGCAAAGCGUGGACCUUGCCCUGGUCUCAAUACGAUCGCCAACCACGGCUACCUGCCCCGCAACGGUAUAAUCAACCCCAUUGAGCUGAUCGUGGGCACCUUCAACGGUCUCAACCUCAGUCCCGAUCUUGCAGGGAUCCUGGCCGCUAUCUCAUUCAUCGGCAUGGGUGAUCUUCUGCAGAUGAAGCUCUCUAUCGGUGACCGAUACGGACUCGGCGACGGUCUGAACCACCACGGUAUCCUAGAAGGCGAUGGUUCGGUUACGCGCAAAGACCACUAUUGGGGUAACAGCUGGGACGCUGACCCUACUCUGGUGGAGAAGUUCAUCAACGAAACCAACACGUACGGUAACGGCAACAUUGACAUUUGGUCGCUCUCCAACUCGCGUUUCCGUGCCUGGCAGGAUGGCCGCGAGAACAACCCCCAGUUCGACUUCAACCCUUGGCGCAUGCUUGUCGCUUACGGUGAGAGUGGUUUCGUUCACGAGGUGCUCCGUGGUUCGUUCAUCAAGUUUGACGAGCAGAUGAUCAGGGACUGGUUUAUCAACGAGCGAUUCCCCAAGGGAUGGAGCAAGCGUAUUGUGCCCAUGUCGACUCCCGAGAUCCUUGCCUGGGCCGGUAUCGUCUUGAUCCCAAAGCCUACCAUCCCCGGUUGGAGUGUCGGCAAGGGCGCCUUUAUCCCCCUGCCCACCACCGAUGGCGCUUACAAGCAGCUCUCCUCGUUGCUCGAUGCCAAAACCACUGGUGCGACGCUCGAAGAACUCUUCUGCGAUGCUGGAAACGCCGUGCUCGGCUUCUUACCCUCGCAAAUUUCCAACCUGCUGGGGGACAUAGGCAUCAAGGGUGUUGGUGCUUUCAACCGAUGCAUCUCUCAAUAA